UUCAGAGAACUCAGGCGAAACUUCUCAUCCACCAAGCUUCUUCCUGCAUUGCAGUCAUGUCUCUUCUUACCAUGGGCCAAGAACACAGAGGAACUAGGGCAAACAUUGCCUCAUUCGAUCCCAAGAAAUUUCGUCAACGUUCACACCCAAUGCCUUAUCCAGACCCAUGGUGCGUACCUUACAUAGAGCGUGCGGGUUUUGGUCAUGUUAUGCAUGUCGUAAAUGCCACCAUUGAUGCCAAAUUCAUUUUGGCUCUGUGUGAACGUUGGAGACCUGAGACACACACUUUUCACCUACCAACUGGUGAAUGUACCGUCACAUUAGAGGAUGUGUACAUGCUUUUAGGUCUUAGAAUAGAUGGUAAGCCUGUGACCGGAAAUGUUCAACAGCCUAACCAAAUAUGUGUUCAAAUGUUGGGGGUAGAUCUGGUCGAGGGUGAGGGGUCUGCCAAAGCAAGGGGUCAGGGUAUUAAAUUAUCUAGCCUACAAUUGUACCACGACUCCAUAACUUUGACUGAGGAAUCCUCCGAACAAGAAAAAGUCAUAAAAACCCGGUUUACAUUAUGCUAUUGUUUGGGAACUUGCUAUUUCCCGAAGGGACAGGAAAUAGCAUAAACUUUAUGUACUUGAGUUUGCUCGGGGACAUUGAUAGAAU